UGAUACUGCACUGAGUCUGGACUUUGCAGUGACCGCGCAGUGCACAGGCCGCUCCGUUCAUCGGUCCAAUGUUACCGACACGGACAUCUGCAGAUUCUAUACAGAUUCGAAUCCUGGGGAAGGCUCCCUAAUUGGCAACUUCAGCCGCGGCCUUCUUAACACGAGAAUUCAACGGGUCUCUUGCUACUGUAGCACUGUAGCAAACGCAGCAUGAAACGAUGCAAACAAUCGACAGCCUUCAUGCUGCUAUUGUAUGUCUCCUCUGACAGCUGAACAGAGGAAAUCGCACAUCCGAGUUGGCCUGUGAGUCACAAGUGGGCCCGUCAGUCACCUCCACAAAAACAAGCUGAUUUCGGCACGCGCCGUCUAAGCGAAUCUGCUGCAGGAGACAGCCACGGCGAAAGUUUGAGACGCGACCAACCCGCACCUGGCCUAGCUUGUAUAAAGAGGCCUCUCCCUGCUAGUGCCUCGACUUUUGUGAUACCAACAGAUACGCAGCUAUGGAGCGGAAGGAAGAAGCCCUCCACAAUAUCGAGCGAACCUCGUCAGAAGGGCCAGAAAAGCUCACAGGCUAUGCGCAAAUGACCACACUCGAGGAGAAGCGUCUUGUACGCAAAAUUGACCGCAAUGUUGUGCCUCUCAUGGUCAUCUUCUAUCUCCUGUCUUUCUUGGAUCGCACCAACAUCGGAAAUGCAAGGUUGAAUGGUCUCGAGAAGGACCUCAAGCUCAGCGACUACGACUACCGCAUUGCCCUCACCAUUCUCUAUGUGCCGUAUAUCGCCUUCGAACUCGUCUCGAACUUGCUUGUCAAGAAGGUUGGAGCCAAGCUUUGGCUUCCUUCGCUCGUCGUCAUGUGGGGCAUUGUCGGUACCCUUCAAGGUGUCGUCAAGGACAAGCACGGCCUCUGGGCAGACCGCUUCUUCCUAGGUCUGACUGAAGCAGGAAUCUUGCCAGCCAUCAUCCUCUACCUUGCCAGUUGGUACAAGCCGCACGAGUUGCAGCUGCGUAUUGGAAUGUUUUGGGUUGCUUCCAGUCUUGCUGGCUCGCUCGGCGGUCUCCUCGCUGCUGCACUCGGUCUUAUUCGUGCCGGUGGUCUCAAUGGCUGGAGCUGGAUUUUCAUUAUUGAAGGAAUCAUCACAGUCGUCGCAGGCGUCAUUGGCUACUUCCUCAUGCCCAAUGAUGUGGAGCGCAGCAACUUUUUGACACCAGAAGAGAAGGAGCAAGUCGCUACACGAAUGAUCUCCCCAACUGGGCACUCGGAAGUGCACGAGCAAUUCUCCUGGUCAGAGGUCGGCAGCGUGUUCAAGUCGCUUCACAUGUGGCUCCUCAUGAUCAUGGCCUUUGGUUCUGGUGUCGCCGUCUACUCCGUGGCCUACUUCUUGCCCACUAUUCUUGCUGGUCUUGGAAAACGCUCCGUUUGGGUGACGCAGCUCUUGUCUGUUCCUCCUUAUGCUUUGUCGGCCAUCUGCUCGCUUGCUGGUUCUUACUACUCCGACAAGGUCAAGCAGCGCACACCCUUCGUCAUUUUCCCGCAACUCGUUGCUAUUGCCGGUCUCGCCAUCUUGUACACUUGCACACGCGACAAACGUGCAUUUGGAGCUCGUUACUUCGCCAUAAUGAUCCUAGUCUCUGGCAUUUACACUGCUGUGCCAGCCUACUUGGCCCUUGCCUCAAAUUCCUUCGCCAACCACUAUCGUCGUGCUACAGCACUGGCAAUGAUGAUUGUCAUGACCAACUCUGGUGGUCUUGCAUCGACUUGGCUCUACCGCAAAAACGAGGCACCCAAUUAUCAAAAGGGCUACAUGACCGUCAUUGCACUGCUGUCUCUUGCGACCAUCGCUGCAGUCAUUUUGCGAUUCCACUUUGCGCGUAUCAACAAGAAGCGUGAUGUGCUCUGCGAUACAGCUCGUGGCUCUUCACAUGGGGAUGAGCCUGUCGUAGCUGGCCAGGCCAUCAAGGCUGAUGCAGGCGAUCGAUCGAUCCACUUCAGGUACACCCUGUAAAAAGGGGUUCAGUCCCUGGUCUUCUUCAUUAGUACACCUUUUCAUUGCAGCUAGGCACGGUUGCAAUACAUCAUAGCAAAUUUUUGUUGUGCACAUGCAUAGCAGCAGGGUGCUUAGAUUGAGCGACUUGUUCAUCGCAACUCAAAGCCUUGCUGUACCGAUGCCCAAACGCUUGGCGCGUUGGGUAAUCUCGGAAGAAGGUGCUGCUCGAUGUACGCUUGUUCCUGAAGAUAAAAGGCAAGCACCCUGAAGAUAAAAGGCCAGAAAUUGCUGCUUCUCAUUCUCUGUGUGG